AGCUAUAAACCGCUACCAUUAGCUGCGAUGUGAAAGUUAGCUUCGUGGUGGUGAAAAAGCAUGGGAGCUGCUGGAUUGUUUAAUCACCCCAUAAUGUUAGCAACAGAGGCGUUGUUAUGGCUAUAGCAGUGAAGCUGCAGCUGCUGGGCUAACGCACCUCCGUUUUGUUUUUAUAUAAUCAGAUACGAGCCCCGGACAUCCCAAACCUCACUGUAGAACAUAAUAUCGCCCUUGUGCCAAGCAAGCUAACUUUAGCGUUAAUUUGUUUUUGGCAACGUUAUUAGCGUAGCUCCAAACUACUCCUAUAGUUUCUCUGUGACAGCCAUGUUAACCAGGUUGUUGGUAGCUCUAGCCCCCUGUAGCAUUUACGAGACUAUUUUUAUUUAACAAUAGCUUAUCUGAUGAAUAUGAAAUAUCAUAUUAAUCUGGAUACGAGUUCACUGGAUUCGUCAACAUUGCUCGCCCACUUGCUAGCAAUAUUAGCCUUUAGCUAGGUGCUAUCACAAGUUGUGUGCCGGAACUGACAAGGUGUAACAAUUUGUAGAAACGGUAUAUUUCCAUGCGUGUGUUUAGCUGUGAUAGUAAUAAUACGGAAUGGCAAUUUUUUGUAUACAUUUGGUCUCCUCGUUUUUUGAAAGGCACUGGUUGUAGAGUGAUGCGAGAGAGCCACUCGCGUAACGUUAGCACAUAGCAGUUACUGGGUUUAUCGUUAACUUCUACAGUUCAUACAUUUAUUUUACUUAAGUGACACACUUGUGUGUUAGUAUCUAACUCCGUUUGAUAUUUCAAAGACUUUAAAACGAGUGUUAUGUACUAAAAGUUGAGGACUUCCUGUAAGAUGCUUCUAGCUAACGAUAGCUGUCUGUUUAACGUUAGCUAGCCAGCAAGUUUGACAGCAGGUUCCUAAAAAGGGAUUCAGUUAUGAAAACACAUGAACCCCAGUCAGGGCAACUGCGAUGCUUAUUUGUGCGUCAAUUAAAGGUAUUUAAAAAAAAAAAAAAACAUGAAAAAGUAAUUAAUUAUGCGAUUAUUAGCAUGGCAUAUUCUAGCUCAGUGGUUUCUCCACCUUUUCAUGUCAAAACUACAGAAGUGAUGACAGGCUAUGAACUGUGUUUUAGUUGAGGUGCAGCAAUUAGACCCACUGAGCUCAGAAAUGUUUCGGGCUAAAUAAUGUAAAUUUACUCACUUUCUGCUGAUGUGUAAACCUGUGUUAGAUUGUUCAUACAAAAAAAAAAAAAAAUCUCUCUCACUUAUGAAGUUAAAACUGCACAUCAUUUACUGUAGGACCAUCCCAGAGCCUUGUUUGGGACCCUUGGGCAUCCUUGGCCACUGUUUGGGAGCCGCUGUUCUUGCUUGUUCCUGGCAGUUGAUGUUGCCACAGAGUUGCAUCAGCUGCACCAUCCCUGCAUGUGUUUACUGUGUUGUGAUAGCUAUUUCACCAUUUUGGCUACUUUGGCUCCAAAUUGUACAGACGGUUACAUGUGCCAGAAAAAGAUGACUUUUGAAACUUUAACAAGGGUCAUGUUCUUUUAAAAACUUGUGCUUGAUACCCCUUUGUUAUAAUUGAUAAAAAAAAGAUUUAGUUUUUAUUAAGUAUAUGUAUUUUCUUUACCUUUUUAUCUAAAGAAUUUGUUAGGAACUGGAAUCGGAUAGGUUGUUACACAUCACAAAGUAUUACAGUAUGGUUACUGAUUGACAGCACAGUUCCCUCUUUUAUCAUCAGCUCUGGUUGUAAAAGGCUGUGUUGCAGUAAUCUGUUCAUCCACAUCGAGCUUGGACUAAUGGGCUUCACUGAUCAGAGGGGCAUGCUUUCGCAUUAUGCAAUUAUGACACUGAAUGCAGUCAUCUUACGGAGAAUUGAGCCCGAAGCUCUCUGGAAUGUUUUUGGAUAUUGGUGUAGUUUUUGUUUUGCAGUAAUUCAUGUGUAGAUAUAGAUGAGGCCUGUAAAUGUAUUGCAUGAUAGAGAAAGUCGCUUAUUAUGUCAUUGGAAUCUGUAAACCCUGGAGAUGCCUUCAAGCUGGGCAUUUUGGGAAGUGUAGAGAAGAGGUCCCUGGAUGCCCCCCGGCGCACUGUCCUCCGCCGCCCAGUGCUUCCCAAUGGCCGGGAGUUGACCCCGCCCACCAGGAUGACGCUGCGCGAGCAGCUGAGAGAGAAGAUCUCGGCGGCCUUCUACCGCCACGGGCUGCUGUGCGCCUCCUACCCAGUGCCCAUCAUCCUCUUCACCUCCGCCAGCAUCCUCACCUGCUGCUAUCCGUUAUUGAGGCUUCCCCUGCCUGGGACGGGUCCUGUGGAGUUCACCACAGGGGUGCGAGACUACAGCGUCCCUUCCCAUGAGCCUCAGGGAGACCUCGGAGAACGGCCCGACUGGUAUCGGGGUCCUCCGGUCGCCUACAUCCAGCAGGUGUUGGUGAAGGCAGCCGUGUCUCCGUGGGACAGCAGCCUGGUGCCAGUGGACGUGUUUCGGUCGCCACUGGGUCGAGUCUUUAGCCUGCUGGAGGAGAUCCGUAACCACGUCCACGCUGACAGCUCCGGGGUUCGCAGUCUGGAGACGUUAUGUCUCCAGGUGACAGACCUGUUUCCAGGGUUACGGCGGAUGCAGUCUGUGCUUCCAGAGCACGGCUGCCUGCUCGUCUCUCCCGGCAACUACUGGCAGAACCAGCGGGAGCUGUUCGACUCGGACUCCGACCUCCUCAAGACCAUCCAGAAGCACGAACCCAAAGGCCUGCACACCUCGGCCACACUGCGAGACCUGCUGUUUGGCGUCCCUGGGAAGUACACAGGCGUCAGUCAUUACAACAGGAAGAGGGUGGUGACGUACACGAUCACUGUGGUGUUGUCCAGUUACGAUGCGAGGUUCCUGAGCAGCCUGCGGGCGCGCCUGAAGCAGCUCCACCCGUCGGCCAACUGCAGCCUGAGAGACGACCACAUGGUUCACGUCCACUUCAAGGAGGAGAUCGGCAUCGCUGAGCUUAUCCCGCUCGUCACCACAUACAUCAUCCUUUUUGCCUACAUCUACUUCUCAACACGUAAGAUUGACAUGGUGAAGUCUAAGUGGGGUCUGGCUCUGGCUGCUGUGGUCACGGUCCUCAGCUCUCUGCUCAUGUCUGUGGGGCUGUGCACACUGUUUGGACUGACACCCACACUCAAUGGAGGGGAGAUUUUUCCUUACCUGGUGGUGGUGAUCGGCCUGGAGAACGUCCUGGUCCUCACAAAGUCCGUGGUCUCCACACCUGUUGACCUCGAGGUCAAACUCCGCAUUGCUCAGGGCCUCAGUAAUGAGAGCUGGUCUAUCAUGAAGAACAUGGCCACUGAACUGUGCAUCAUCCUCAUCGGAUAUUUCACUCUGGUGCCAGCUAUCCAGGAGUUCUGUUUGUUCGCUGUCGUGGGGCUGGUGUCUGACUUCUUCCUGCAGAUGUUCUUCUUCACCACAGUACUAUCUAUAGACAUCCGCCGCAUGGAGCUGGCUGACUUGAACCGCCGCCUGCCGGCCGAAGCGGGGCUGCCUCCGCCCAAGCCGGGCCCGCUGCGUACACGCGAGGUGCCCCCUCCACCGCGACCCUCCCCCCACACGAUCACCCUGCAGACCCCGGCCUUCAGGAACCUGAGGCUCCCCAAGAGGCUGCGCGUGGUGUACUUCCUGGCCCGCACUCGCCUGGCUCAGCGGAUCAUCAUGGUUGGCACGGUGAUCUGGAUCGGCAUUCUCGUCUACACCGACCCAGCCGGGAUCCGCACCUACCUGGCCGCGCAGGUAUCUGAGCAAAGCCCUCUGGGAGAUCCGGGAGGGGGCGGCCUGCCUCCUCACCUGGGUGUGGCCCCCGUCUUCCGUGGAGGAGAUCCCACCAGCACCCUCAGUAUCCACCCCGCGCCGGAUCCGACUCCCUUACCCGAGAACCAAUCACAGGGCCACCAUGGCUCGGCCAGGGCGGGGCCCCUCCCCCAGCCCCCGCCUGCGGUGCCUCAGAUCGCCUGGGGGGCGGAGGACGAGGAGGGUUGGAGGAGACUGUCCUUCAGGCACUGGCCGUCACUCUUCAGCUACUACAACAUCACUUUAGCCAAGAGGUACAUCAGCAUCCUGCCCGUCAUUCCCGUCACCGUUCACCUGAGCCCCCAGGAGGCCGUCGAGACGCGCCACCCUCAGGACACGAGACAUCCUCCGCCAUCCAUUCCCAAAGUGUCUGCAGAUCUACAGACUGACCUCACCCUGUACAAGGUGGCAGCUCUGGGCCUGGCGGCGGGCGUCCUGCUGGUCCUCCUGCUCUUCUGUCUCUACCGCGUCCUCUGCCCGCGUAACUACGGACAGAACGGUGUGGCCCACGGGCGCCGGCGCCGAGGGGACCUGCCCUGCGACGAUUACGGCUACUCGCCGCCCGUCAGCGAGAUCUCGCCGCUGCUGUUGAGGGGCCACAGCAUGGACAUCGAGUGUUUGGCCAGCGACGGGAUGCUGCUGGCGAGCUGCUGCCUGGCCGGACAGAUCCGUGUCUGGGACGCUCAGACUGGGGACUGUCUGACCGUCAUCCCGAACCACGGGCUGAGGCGGAGCAGCAGCAGCAGCGGUGGCUGCUGGGAGCAGCGGGAUGGCUGGGAUAGCAUGAGCGGCGCCGCAGACCCCGAGGGUUUAGGCUCUGAGGGCUGCGACCGCUCCAUCGGCGGUGAAGGCCUAUCGGAGGACGAGGGCUACCCGCUGAGACGCCGCACCGCUCCCGCCCGGCCCACCCUGUUCACCGACCAGCCCGAUCUCACCCCGCUCAUCGACACCAACUUCACCUGUCAGCCGCCUUCGCACCUCUCCACGCCACCCAGGACAGGGUUUGACUUUGGAGGUCUGGUGGAGCGCGCCUACAUGGAGCACGAGCCCCCCUCGCCCUCUGCCUACCCCUCUCCUUCCUCAGCCUCUUCCUCGCCACCCUCAGGAGCUAAACUCCAAAGAAGACCCAGCUUAGGGGACGCCGCCGGCCCCUUAACCCAGGAGAGGGCCUCUUCAGCUGGGACGCAGGCGACGGCGGACUGGGAAAGCUCCGUCUGGGCCAUGGAGCUGAGAGGAAAUCUGAUAGCUGCUGGGAGGAGCAGCGGUAAACUGGAGCUGUGGGAUGCCGUGGAGGGGUCGUUACGUUGCAGUAAUGAAGACGGCGUCUCGGGGAUCACGGCUCUGGCCUUCCUCAACAACAGAAUCGUAGCGGCUCGACUGAACGGGUCUCUAGAUUUCUUCACUGUUGAGAUAAACAAACCUCUGGGUCUGCUGCAGUACAGAGGUGCCCCUGGGCGGGGCAGCAUGCCUCCGUCUCCCUGUUACAGCAGCGAGGAUGUGAUCAGCCUCCAGCUCACGCGCUCCAUACAGUGCGCUCACCAGAAGCCGAUCACGGUGCUGCGAGCGGCCGCCGGGAGGGUCGUCACCGGCAGCCAGGACCACACAGUCCGGGUUUAUCGUCUGGAGGACUCGUGCUGCCUCUUCACCCUGCAGGGUCACUCUGGAGGGAUCACAGCCAUCUACAUAGACCAGACGAUGGUUCUGGCGAGCGGCGGGCAGGACGGCGCCAUCUGCCUGUGGGACGUCCUGACUGGGAGCCGCGUCAGCCAUGUUUACGGUCACCGUGGCGACGUCACCUCGCUGGUCUGCACCACCUCUUGUGUCAUCAGCUCAGGACUGGAUGACCUCAUCUGUAUCUGGGACCGCAGCACAGGGAUCAAGCUCUACUCUAUACAGCAGGAAGUGGGAUGCGGGGCCAGUCUGGGAGUGAUCUCCGAGUCCCUCCUGGUGACGGGGGGCCAGGGCUGCGUCUCCUUCUGGGACCUGAACUUCGGGGACCUGCUGCAGACGGUCUACCUGGGCCAGAGCAGCGACGGGCAGGGCGUCCGGCAGCUGCUGGUGCUCGACAACGCCGCCAUCGUCUGCGACUUCGGCAGCGAGCUGAGCCUGGUGUACGUGCCCUCGGUGCUGGAGAAACUAGACUGAGGGAGGGAUGGACGGCAAAGGUCGAUGAUGAUGAUGAUGGUGGGAACACUCACUGAAAAAAAAAAACAUGCAUCAGAACAUCCUUUUCCUCUUCAUCAUUUCUACUUUCCCACUUUCUUUUGCUUUUUUUUUUUUUUUGUUGUUGUUGUUGUUUCUGACACCGGGACGAGACACGAUCAUUACACCGGUUUCUUUGUGCACAUGAGGCUUUUUUUUUUUUUUUUAUAAGGGUGAGAUGAUUUUAGUGCACGCCUGGAUGCAAUGAGGAAGGAAAAUCUGAACACUGUGCAACCUGCUGCAUUUUAUCGGACGGGGACCGGCCCUCGACACUGAUGAGCUGACAUUUAACGAGGGUCAUGAGGUCCGUUCAAGAAAAGCUGGAUGUUUCUCACCAGUCACCAGUUUGUGCUUUUCUUUUCUUUUCUUUUUUCUUUUUUGGUGUGUGUGUGUGUGUGCAGGCGUGUUUGUUUUUGUGGCUCUGCCCUCUAUGCUGCUGAUACGGGUGGGGCUUCACAGUAACCCCCCCACCCGCCCAGAGAGGAAGAUAAAACUGUCUCCUUAUUUUUUAAUAUUCCUGCUGCCUCGUUCGCUCGAGAGCAGCGACGGCGAGCUCGACGGGUUUACAAGCCUGUUGGGAUGAGCUGAGCAGUUAUACAUAAAUGUGUGUGUGUGUGUGUGUGUCUUGGAGAUUGAAUGAAUGAAUGAAUGAAUGAAUUUAGGCCCUUUUUUUAUGGCAAAACACUGCUGAGAACAAAAAAACUGAUUGGUUAUGAGUGAGAUGUGUGUGAGGGAGAAGUGAUGAUUACUGUAUAAAGUGAACCUCCAGCGGGGGCUGUUUUUAUAUGUAUAAAUCUAUUAUUUAUUAGCGGUACAUUUUUGAAUAACAGUUUGUUUAUGAAUGGCUAAUCCUGGCUCUUAAACGAGAAUUUAAUAAUGCGGAGAUAAAUGUAAAGAUGGUGAUUGUCUGGGUUGGGGCACUGGUUAUCAAAUGAUUAUUCGUAAUAUUGAACUGGAAACACUGAAGUGUUUGUUUUUGUGAGGUAGGGGGCUGAAGGGGGAGAGGUUCCUCCUUUGAUCCCAGCCUCGGCCUCUGAUUCUGGGGUUACUGAUGCUGUACGAGGGGCCCCCGUGUGGCCCCUCUCUCCCCCGUGUGCUACACCUUCAUCAGGCUACCUCCAUUUUACAAACUGCUUGAAUUUUUUGGACGACAAUAGCGACGUCACCCUGCACAGGCGUCGUGUUUACAUUGGCUACCGUAUUUUCUUUUUUUUUUUUAUAAAUUGUGCCCUUUAGAGAUUCUUUUAAAAAUAACGGUUAUCUACAACUGGUUCAACUUUUAACAGUUUCCAUUUUUGCUACAAACGGUGACAAAAACUUACUUCACAACGUCCAACAUCGGAUCUCACAGUGCGUUUUCGUCAUUAUUUUUGUCAUUACCAUGUUGUUGAUGCAGACUUGAGGAGCUGUCUUAAAAACCUGUUCACCUCUUUCUGCGGGGGGUCGGUGAAGAUGUGGAGGAAGGCAAGUCAGUUUAUCCACUGUACCCACAUAAAGACUUGGUGUCUCUUUAAGUGUAACAUAUAAUAUGCUCCGUGGUCCGGUUCUGUUAGACAGUGUUCAGAGAGAGAGGAGGGGGGGGGGUAUCAUUUGACAAAUUAACUACUGGAUUGGAUUAGAACAGCAAUCAUUAGUGGAUUAAUUGAUCUACAGGGAACCCAACUAUUUUGAUAAUCAGUUCAUCCUGCAGGUCAUUUUUCAAAUGUGACAAUUUGCUGCUUCUCCUUGUCUUACAUGGUAUUUCAAAUGUUUUUGGACUGCUGUGCUUUAGUAAAUUGUGAUGGAAAUUUUCCGCUGUUUUCGGAUGUUUUAAUAGAUCAAACAGAUUAGAACCCAACCGAUGCUGAAUUUUCAGGCCGGAUACCGAUUUCAGGGAGUAAAAAAAAGUUCCUACACGUGUGUGUAUGGCGUGUCGUCAGGAUAAGGAAGCAGUGCUCGACCAGUUGAAGCUAAAGAUAGUCUCUUAUAUAAACAUAUGUGCUGAUACUGAUAUAUCUGUGACAGUGAGUGUUAAACCCCUGUAACUUGUGGAAAUAUUUUCUAUCAAUUAGAAGAUUGCUAACUGACAUCCUCUAAUUUGCUAAUUCAGUUAGCGAGUUUCAUAAAAAAGGUUCGUCAGGAGCCGGUUUCACAAAGACAGACUAUAGUUUAGAUGUAACAAAUAGUCAGAUUUCAAGUAAAUGUCUAAAUUCAUCUGUUGCACAAAGCAGUUUAGACCUAGACCAUCUUAAGCUGGACUGUAGUACAAUGAAUUCUGGGUAAAUAAACAAGUAAAAAAAAAAAAAAAACGGCAGCUGAGCUCUGUUUACCCCAACAGAAAGUGUUUGUCUUCUGGAAGAAUUCAACAAUUACAAGGACGUUUUACUUGAAGAGUGAAACAAUAAAAAGAAAAAUCUGAUUUUGGUCUCUAAAAACUCUUUCCCUUCUCUUUGCUCUCUUCAUAACGAUGUUAGCAAACCACAAAUUAUGAGCCAUGUUUUCCUUUAUUUUGUCGUUGAGUGCUCCUGGUCAGUGGCGGUGUCAUUGCUUGUUACCAUGGUAACAUUGGGGCCUGAGUUAGCCUGGGGGAAAAGCUGUCUAAUGUUUUUUUUUUAAGUUUAAAAUUAGUCUGUCUUUAUUUUUGUGAUGCGACCAAUUUAAGACCGGACCAACACAACAGACCAGUCUGAAAUAUCUUUGUGAAACUGGCCCCAGAUGAGAUAAAAAUGAACUACUCAUGGUGUAAUCCAAACUGCACGUCGUUAGAUCUUAUUUAAGUCGGUGCCUGAACUUCACCUCCUCCCUCUGGUAACCUGCUGAGAGAGUGUAAUCCUCCAGCUUUAAGACUUCUCCCUGUUUGACACCAACAACAUCCAGAAUGUAUUUUCUCCAAAUCAUCCACCAUCUACUGUAUCUGCGUCUGUUGAAUGUAGUCCCCAGAAGGUGUGACCAACAAACCUGUUCAAAAAAAAAAAAACAAAACAAAACAAAAAACAGCGACUAAAUCCUUCACAGUAUCGCAUCGCAACACUAAUUCAAUGCACUGUUAACCCUCUCUGACGCAUAUGCUCACACACACUUGGCACAAAUGCGAACAUCAGCUUACGCACAGGAAACGUGGACGUACAACAAGUAGACAUGAAAACCAAGUUCACACUGAUGAGGGUCACAGGUCUGGUUUCACAGGGAUGCAGCAUGGACUAGUUUCUGUUCUGCACAAAACAAGCAGCUGAAAACGACAACUGUUGACCUGCAGUGUCAGUAUUCACAUUGUAUACGUUUAGAGAUACCGUUCAUUCAGCAGGAAGCAGACCUGUGAUCUCCCUGGCUCUGUAACCGUGUUAAUGUUUUAGCUUUGUGUUUUCUGUUGUUAACGGUAGUCGAGAGAAUUUUAGAAACGGAAAAAUGUGUAGCUUUUAGAUUUUGCCUUUUCAAACUUCUUGUUUUCUAGCAAUGUGAAUUUGAGUUCAAGCUAAAGUUAGACACUUUGGGGAAAAAAUGUUUUUAUCUACUUCCCGGGAGAGAGUUUAACGAGGAGAUCAAAACCACGCUGUGAUACAAAGCUAACGGUUCCAGGUAGCAGCUGGUAGGUUAGCUUAGCACAAAGACCAGAAACAGGAGGACACAGCUAGCCUCUGUCUUUGCCUCAUGUAUAAGUAUUCAUUCAGCUCACAGAGGUGACAACUGGUUUCUCUAAAAGAUAAUUGACUUAUCUAAUGUUCUUAAAGUGUUUUCAGAAUCCUCAAAGACUCUUCUAAUCAUCUGGAUGAAAAAAUAUUAAGUCUGCUGCUCGACAAUAAAGAUUUUUAACUCCCAAGUUACAAUCCUGUGUCCUGGCCAAGCAGCCAAUGAGCAGCCAUCUUUGUUUUGGUCAGGAAACGGCGGCACAGAGUUAAAAAUCUUUUCUUUUCUUUUUUUAUCACAGCAGCAGACUGAAUAUUUUUUCAUCCAGAUGAUGAGAAGUGUCUUUGAGGAUUCAAGAGAUGACUUCUGAACAACUGUAAGAGCUUUUAAAAUGACGUUGACCAAAUGACCAAACAUCACUGGUUAGUUAUCCUUUACAGAAACCCGGACAUGAAUAUAUGCAGAUACAUGAGAGGCACUAACUGGGGAUAGUAAACAGCUAGCUCGGCACUGUUGAACGAACUCUAAUUAACCUAACAGAGCUUUCAUUUGUUUAAUUAAUACAAAACCUGAAGUGUAAUAUUUUAUUUUUAUGUUUUACAGGGGUUAUAUAAUGGACUUUUUCUUGGUCUGACAAGUUGCCAGGCAACUGUAACGUUAUUAGUCGCAGCCAAGAAUUAGCCAAGCACAAAACUGCAAAUUCUCAUUUUUACAUUUGAGAGUUUAUUCAAAUUAAAGCAGCAUGUUAGCAUUUAGAAUAGCUACUCUAGCUGUUUUCCUGUUUGUAGUUUUUGUUAUUCACUUACCAGCAGGUGUUACACUAUUUUCUGUUAAAGGCUGACUGCAUGGAUGUUACUCUGGUGGUUGGAAUUACUGACAUCAGUCAAAGUACAUGACAAUAUUUAGUUUCCAGGCGCAGUAGGUUUCUGACACAGGUCUUCAGAACUUGUGACUGUUAUUCUGCUCUGCUGCUAUUGACCUAUACCUGGACACUGCUGCAUUCAGUACUUACCAGGUACGUGAGAUUUCUCUCACCUUCGUGAAAGACUGAGUAACACCACACAGCUCUGUCAGGGGUCAACAGAAGCACAGCAGAACGAAGGUCAAAGUCUUCAGAACUUGUGACCCUAAUGUGCCUGGAAAUUGUUGGUCUCCCUUCCCACCAGGUUCACACACUGAAUAUGCAACAACCACGUGUACAGAGUAACAUCCAUGUAGCAGCGUCCAUGAAUAUGGUGUCACACUGGCUACAACUUCAUAUGACGCAAGAGUGCUGUCAGUCUUCUCACCCGCUGAACUCUGUCUGCUAGAAAGUGAAUAAAAUAAUUUCCCUAAAUGUUAAACUAUUCCUUUAAAGGAAGGAGGGAGGGUCGGUGUAGCAAUUUCAAUUGAAUCUUAGCUUCUUAUGAAUGUUUUGGUUCAUUGCAUAUGGACUUGGCCUUGUAACAAUCCAUAUCCAACAGUACUUUGUGAGGUCAUGAAUACGGUUUUCCCAGUUUAUUGAAGUAAACCAUGCUUGUUGUUGCUGUUCAGGAUCAAACAUACCUUUUCAUCCUGUUGCUUUCACUCGUGCAGCUCUCACUGCACCAUAUCAGGAGUCUGUGGUUGCAGCCUUGACCUCCGUUUCUCCUUUUGAGUUGUUAAAGCAGGGAAGAAAAAAAAAAGGAACGAUUGUGUGGCAGCAUCUUCACAAUAAAAAGGCAGAAAUCAGAUAUUUGAACACAUGGUGGUCCACAUCUGAUCCUCCACCAGCUGCCUGAACCAGGAGAAAUCAUAGUCCGUGUUAUUUCUCACGGUUUAGACCUCGGUCAGGAAAAUCAGAGCUGUGACCAAAACAAUAAAUAAAUCUAUAACUCCCCAUGUCUGCUCCUUUCCCCCCCUCCAGCCUCCUCCCUUCAUUGGCAGGCUACAAUCUACGCAGGAUGUAGUAGUGGAGGUAACUUAUUUACUAUUUUGUAACACAAAAAAGCGCAAGACUUUGUACUAAUUUUCAAAUAAAGAGGCUUUGAUACCACA